AUGCGAUUUCAAGCCGCGGCCACCAUCGGCCUGAUCACCUCAUUCCUCUCAUUACCAGCAGCCACAGACCGUGUUUUGAGAGACGGUUCGCCAGAGUCUGUAGGACUUCUCCCGGGGCCACUUGCACAAAUGCAGAUGAAUCUGAGCCAGUAUACUCGCCCAGCAAACUAUGGAUCCCACUCGUACGAUGAAGUACAUCCCAUUUUACCAGGAGGCUCUGUUAUCGUCGGCCACAAGGCAGCGGUCGUGAGCUCAUUCGCCUUCGGCAAUGCCAGUUUAUAUGCUAAUGCAAAUGGCACGCUUCUUCCACCCAACGCAUGGGUCUCAACAAAAAUGGACACGAUUUAUGACAUGGCUAGCUUAACGAAAGUAUUCACGGCCAUCACAGCAUUACGAGUCAUCGAUGACGGGAAAUUGGAUCUACACAAACCAGUCGCGUCCUAUAUUCCUGAGUUCGCAACGAAUGGGAAAGGGAAUGUCACCGUUCUGAUGCUGCUCACUCAUACCAGCGGGUUCCCUCCUGAUCCCGAACCAGGGCUAUACGACCCGAGCUAUGAGGAUAUGCAGCAGCGUGUCGAAGCAAUUAUUCAACAUAAACUGGCCAAUCCUCCUGGGUCAACCUAUACGUACUCGGACCUCAAUUUUAUGAACCUGCGCUUCAUGCUAGAGAAGAUCACCGGAACGCCAUUUGAAGAUCUUGUGCAUUCUUGGACCCGAAAUUUGGGAAUGACUAGCACCUUCUUCAACAAGGGUAAUAUCAGAGCUGAGUCAUUGGGUUAUUAUUCACGCAUGGCACCGACCGAGUACCAAAUUGAAGUCCUCGGCUCCUCUGAGCCUAAACGUCCCCAGCCGGUGCGAGGCACUGUCCACGACGAGAAUGCCUGGGCUUUGAAUGGAGUGAGCGGACAUGCGGGUCUUUUUGCUUCCGCGGGCGAUGUGGCCAUUUUCGUUGACUUGAUGUUCACCAACUUCAACGGAAAGUUUCCCGGCGAUGAACAUGGCGUUGGGUUUGAAUUGAACCAGUCUUACUUCUCUGGGCCUAUGGCUAAUAUCCAGGCUGGUGGCCAUACUGGGUUUACGGGCACAUCACUUGUGGUUGAUAGAGCUUCGGAUACAUUUAUGGUUCUUCUGGCUCAUGCUGUGCACCCGAAUCGGACUUGGUCUAGUAAUAAUAUCGUUCGGCAGGCACUAGGUUACUGGGUAGCUCGGUCGCUUGGUCGGGAUUUUGCUUUCCCGCUCUGA